CGAAAGGUCUCCGAUGCUGAGGCCUAGCUACCGAGUUUUGUUCCUCGGACUAUUUUUGUAUGUGGUCAUUUAUUUAAACAUGUUUUGAGCGGGCCUUUUCCUUAUGCCGGUUUUUUGCCAGAGAAAAGCAGCGGGGUUUUCGGCGCAGUCGCUUGCCUUGAGAGGAAAUUAAAUCUGAAGCGAGUAUCCGGAGUGAGGAAACAAGGCUUGGAAAGAUGACAUCUCGGAGGUGGUUCCACCCCAACAUCACCGGUGUGGAGGCUGAGAACCUUCUGCUGACGCGUGGCGUGGACGGAAGCUUUCUGGCCCGACCGAGUAAAAGCAACCCGGGUGAUUUCACCCUGUCCGUCAGGCGAAAUGGAGCAGUCACCCACAUUAAGAUCCAGAACACGGGGGACUACUACGACCUGUACGGAGGAGAGAAAUUUGCCACGUUGGCUGAGCUGGUGCAGUUUUACAUGGAGCACCACGGGCAGCUAAAGGAGAAGAACGGUGAUGUGAUCGAGCUCAAGUACCCACUCAACUGCGCUGACCCGACGUCAGAGAGGUGGUUUCAUGGUCACCUUUCGGGCCGUGAAGCCGAGAAGCUGCUGACGGAGAAAGGCAAGAACGGCAGCUUCUUGGUCAGAGAGAGCCAGAGUCACCCUGGGGAUUUUGUACUCUCCGUGCGAACCGGCGAUGACAAAACAGACAGCACCGACAGCAAACCCAAAGUCACCCAUGUCAUGAUUCGCUGCCAGCAUGAUAUGAAGUAUGAUGUUGGUGGAGGGGAGAAGUUUGACUCCCUGACAGACCUGGUGGAACACUACAAGAAAAACCCCAUGGUGGAAACACUAGGCACCGUGCUUCAGCUCAAACAGCCUCUCAACACGACACGCAUUAACGCAGCCGAGAUCGAGAGCAGAGUGCGGGAGCUCAGCAAGCCAGCUGAGGCCACUGAUAAGGUCAAACAGGGCUUCUGGGAAGAGUUCGAGACACUUCAACAGCAGGAGUGCAAGCUGCUGUACAGUCGCAAAGAGGGCCAACGCGCUGAGAACAAGAACAAGAACAGAUACAAAAACAUCCUUCCCUUCGACCACACGCGAGUAGUCCUCAACGAUGGCGACACAAACGAGCCGGGCUCUGAUUACAUCAACGCUAACAUUAUCAUGCCGGAGUUAGAGUCGAAGUGCAACAACGCCAGAUUAAAGAAAAGCUACAUCGCCACGCAGGGCUGCCUGCAGAACACAAUAAGCGACUUCUGGAGGAUGGUGUUUCAGGAAAACUCUCGUGUCAUUGUUAUGACGACUAAAGAGGUUGAAAGGAGCAAGAGUAAGUGUGUGAAGUACUGGCCGGACGUGUCGGCGCUAAAGGAAUACGGUGCCAUGCGCGUGCGCAACGUCAAGGAGACGUCAGCCCAUGAUUACAUCCUGCGAGAGCUGAAGCUUUCGAAAGUCGGACAGGGAAACACAGAGCGCACUGUUUGGCAGUACCAUUUCCGUGCCUGGCCCGAUCAUGGCGUGCCCACCGAUCCCGGUGGUGUGCUGGACUUCCUGGAGGAAGUCAAACUGAAGCAAGAGGGCAUUCUGGAGGCUGGCCCCAUCGUGGUGCACUGCAGUGCCGGGAUUGGACGAACCGGGACAUUUAUUGUGAUUGACAUCUUAAUAGACAUCAUCAGAGAAAAAGGAGUGGACUGUGAUAUUGAUGUGCCCAAGACGAUCCAGAUGGUGCGGUCACAACGCUCAGGAAUGGUGCAGACUGAGGCCCAGUACCGCUUCAUCUACAUGGCAGUUCAGCAUUACAUAGAGACACUGCAGCGCCGCAUAGAGGAGGAGCAGAAAAGCAAAAUCAAAGGACGAGAGUACACCAAUAUUAAGUACUCACUGACGGAUCUGAGCGGAGGGGACCAGAGCCCGCUUCCUCCCUGCACCCCUACGCCAACUUGUGCUGAUAUGCGGGAGGACAGCUCCAGAGUGUAUGAGAAUGUGGGUCUGAUGCAGCAGCAGAAGAGUCACAGAUGAGGCUCCGACUACAGCACUGUCCAACUCACAGCAACCAUUUUUCCUUAUCGCCAGCCGCACCUGAAUGCCUGAAAUGUGAUCACUGCUCCACGGAAAGACGAAAAUAAAAUGUAUGAAAAUGAAUUUAAAAAAAAAAAAAGAAAAGAAAACGGAGACCAGUCUGUAUGGGAGAGAUGUGGAUGGAGUAAAUUCCUUUCUCCUCCCUGCAAAGCAGCCUUUUUUUUUUUUUUCCCCCUCCCCCCCAUGCUAAGAAACCACUGUGAACAUCAUGAAGCCUUACUCGUGACGAUGGAGACGAGAGCGAGAGAGCGAGAGAAAGAGAAAGAGAGAGAGAGAGCCCCUGCGUAAACGAACUGAUCCGCUGUGGAGUUCUCCGCAAUCCAUUCAGGCUGCAGUUAGCAAAAUGUAGAAAAGAGCUUUAGCUGUCUUGUCCUUGUUUUUCUGUCUUUUUUUUUUUUUUUUCUUUUUCUUUUUCAUUUUUGCUCGUCUUUUUUUCUUUUACCAAAGCAAGAUUAUAUUAGAAUUAUUCAGAGAAUUAUGUAAGAACGUGAAAAGGCCUGUGAUUGACACACAGCCUUAACUAGCCAUACAUGGUCUCUUUAUUCUCAUAGAGAUUUGGGCACGAGGUAAAAGAUUCACAGGGAAAUUCUUCCUCAGAGCCCUAGCUGAUCGGCGUGCUUGUUUUUUUUUUUUUUUUUUUUUUUUUCUUUUUCUUUUUCUUCUCCCCCCUUCAUCAAAGAUAUAGCUGUGUCCCACUUCAAUACGCCCUACUUACAGUGUAGCGCUUACUUUUAAGGGAAGAAAGAGGUAAACGCCUACUCUUUCGGGAGACUCAAUCCAAAAAUCCAGCACAUCUCAUUUGUCCCUUGACCCGUGGAUUUCUAGGAUUGGAUAUUUUUAAACAGCCCCAUCCUGGUUGUGUCAAAGUUACUGAAUCAUUGUUGGUCUAACUUUUUUUUAUCAUCUGUCAUUUUUUUUUUUUUUUUUUUAAAAAAAACAACGUGCCUUUUUUGUUUGCCUUUUUAAUAAAUUGCCUGUUAUGUACGUAUGUAUGAGCACCAUAAGAACUCAAUUUCCGAGUCCUUGUUGAAAACACAACAUGACUGCAUGUUCAGAGGAUUUUGAGGUCCUCUCUGAUGAAAAAUCCUCGACUUUUUUUUUUUUUUUUCUCGAUGGGAAUGUUUCUUUAUGCGGUCAUCUGCUUACGGUGUGUAUUCUUGCAGGUAUGUCUGUCGAAUUUGUACUAUUUUUAUUUUACUUUUCCAGCAGACCGUCUGUUACUGUCUUUACUUCUUCGACUAUACCAAACUCUUCUCCAAUCUGUCUGGAUUUAUAUGUUGUCAACAGUAUUUCUCGUUUUGAAAUUAAAUUCCCAUUGUUUUUGUUAUUUAAUGUAUUAUUCCACACACGGUUUAAAGCGUUUCUUUCAUCCUUCUUGCCUCAGCAUUUCAAAAUUGUGAAGCGUGUCUCUUAAUCAACCGCCCCCCACUGCUCUUAUCAUUUAUAUUUUUCACUAGUUCUCUUCAGACACUUAUGAAUGUAGUUCUGCCAUUUGAAUUAUGUUCAUAAUUACAAUACUAAUCUUUUCUGUUAAUACCUUUACAUGGCCUUAGACGAAGCUAAGUGUUCUGUUUUCUCACAGGUGAGGAUCGCCCAGAUGUUCAGGGCUCGUAAUCUGUAAACUGUUCUGCAUCCAUUUAUUGUACUUGUGUGUGUGUGUGUGUGUGUGUGUGUGUGUGUGUGUGUGUGUGUGUGUGUGUGUGUGUUGCUUCUGGUGUUGUAUGUAAGUGUGAUAGGGUCAUGUGUUUUCCUGAGAAACUGCUGAUAAGCUUUCAGCUCCUUGAUGCCUAAUUUUUUUUAAUAUUAUUUUUAAAAAUGUAAAAAAAAACAAUUUUUGAGCCCAUGCACACCUUUGUGGUCUAUCAUUUGGUUUCGUCUGUGCACUUACUAACGUCUUUGGGUACACACACACAUUGACACUUGUCUUUGAGGAGCUCCAUGUCUAGUUCCAGAUCUUUUUAGAUUCAUCACCAUGAAAAGUCCGACUCAUGGCCCCAGAACAUGCAAAUGUGAAUUUUUGUCAUCCUGAAGAGAGUAAAUGGGAAAUGAAUUCAAUGCAAACAAACUAUAUUUUUGAACUUGUAUAUUGUACAUGAAUCUUGUAGAGGAGAAUGUACUUACUAAACAUAUCUAAAUGCCAAUAAAAUAUACUGUAUGUUUAACCCAGCAACUUUUCUCGUGGCAGAAUGUGAGCCCUGCCGAAGCUAAUAGAGGUUAUUGUGUUGUCUGGCUAUCAAUGCAAUUAACCGUUUAUCAGUUUGUCUAUAACAAUAAACAACAAGCUCAUAUCUUG